AUGAUCGACAAUGUCGUCCGUGCGUUUUCCGAGCUUAUAGGGAGGAGCGGCGUGCAGUACCAGAAUUUUCAAAGCCUGCAACGAGUGUACUGCAAGACGAAUCUGGAAGCGCAGGGAAUACACACCGUCCGGUGGCUGUCGCGUGGCGAGGCCGUUGCCCGGCUCCUCGAGGUCUUGCCAGCCGCCAUCGUCGUGCUCAAGGACUACAAGCCCGACUUGUACGAGGUUAUCGACGUCACGCUUGUGGCGCACAUCGUGGAGCAGACGCGCAUGCGGCUGAAGGCGCGGUACCUGAGCCCGGCACCUGGUCACACCUUUGGAAGCGGGGAGUACAUGACUCUACCCGAUUUCUUCUUGAAGCACCAGAAGCAGGACAAGCGCGAGAUGAAAGCUGAAGGCGUUGACUCCGAGGGAAAUCCGGUUUCGUUCAAGUUCGUUCUGCACGAGCGGCCGUUGAAAGGGCAGGAAACCGAUGGCGACGUGACAACCUGCUAUGAACUAUCGGUGAAGUUUGUCCGCGCGAUUGACAAGGAACUGGAGUGGCGGAUGCGUGAUCUCGCCAACCUGGAGGGGUCGAAGCUCUUCCACACCGCCUCUUACCUCACGGACGACGCCAAGCGCGUAGAGGCGUUCAAGCGCUGGCUGGGCAAACUGCACAAACUCUAUCACGAGAAGCUGCCAGGUGUGCGGUGA